UUUCUUCCAAUCGGAUAUCCAGGAAACGAGGCGACACUCAUCACUUAGGGCUGCCAAAGCGUGAAAGUAAAUAUUUGAGUAAGAAAUCGUCAAUUUGGAAGUGUUUGAUCUUACUCAAGAAGUGAGGUAAUAAAAACGCGCGGCCUUCAAACAUUCCUUAAAAAAAGUGAGCAAUAUGUUUCGUGCAGUUGGAAUAUUCUUUUUAAUUUUGGCGCUUUUAAUAAGCGUCGCUGGCCGAAAUAAAUACAUUGAUAUCAUGUUUGCCACUGUAGGAUGGAUCGUGGUGGUCAUGUAUACGGCAAAUAUAAUCUCUAGGUGGAUAUUGUCUGUUCUACCUAAACGGGUAGUCUCAUCUGAGAAAAAAGCUGUUCUAAUAACAGGUUGUGACACUGGGUUUGGAUUAGACUUAGCAAAGCGUUUGAUCAGCAAAGGCUUCACAGUGUAUUCUUGUUGUUUGUCUUUGGAAAGUGAAGGCGCACGUGAGUUGCUUCAGAUCAAAGAAUCAUCAGAUCUCGUAAGAAUUCAUCAGUUGGAUGUCACAAAGUAUAAGCAAAUACAUGAUGUUUGCAGAGAAGUGGAAGCUGACUUAGGAGAUAAUGAUCUUUGGUGCAUUGUAAAUAAUGCAGGAGUGGCCAUCUUUUCAGAGUUGGAAUGGUGCAGUAUGUCUGUUAUCGAACAUAUGUUCAAUGUUAAUGUUUUGGGGGCUGUUCGUGUUACCAAAGCUUUUCUACCGCUUUUGAGAGCUGCAAAGGGACGUGUUGUAGUUGUAGCUAGUGUUGCAGGUCACAUUACUUAUCCCGGAUUUUUAUCCUAUUCUAUGACGAAACACGCUUUGGUUUCUUUUGCUGAUGGAUUGCGCAGAGAAAUGCUGAAAUGGGGAGUAAAAGUCGCUUUAGUGGAACCUUCCAUGUAUAAAACCAGGAUUUCCAGAAGUGAUGUCCUUACAGGAGCCUUAGAUAAUUCUUGGGAGAAAACUCCAGAUGCUAUUAAAGAAGCUUACGGAUUUCCUUAUUAUGAAGAUUUUAAGGGUCGGAUGCAAAAAAUGGCCUUGCAUGCUAGGCCUUACCUCGGAGAAGUGGUAGAUAGCAUGGAACAAGCUGUGACUGACAUGAGCCCAAGUAUCGUCUACCGUUGUUCUGGACCAACUGACAAAGUCCGUGUAUGGAUUAUGUCUUUGCUUCCCAUUAGAUUGUUGGAUAUGCUAAUAUGCCAUGUCAUACAGCCCAGCCAUCGACAACUAUCUGGUACAAGAAGUACGAAAUCAUCAACAUCAUCUUCAUCAUCAUGAAAUACUAUUGAUGCAAAUUAGUGCUCGUUAUUUUACCUCUCAUGUGAGAUAGCACAAGAUUAAUUACUUUAAAAAUAAUUUAUUAACUACCCCCGAAGAUACAUCAAAGAGUAUAAAUAAUCUUGUGUUUUUGCAGAAGGGAGCUAAAAAAAUAUUUUUGCUGUCAUCACCUUUUGCUUUAUUGGAGAGACCUUUUGCUUUAUUGGAAAGCCCUCCUUUGCACUAUUCAAUUAAGAAAAGUACAAAAAAAGGGGUCAGGCUUUGGCAUGCAUUAUGAAAUCUUACUUGUUAACGAAGAAUAACUUGCCGUAGUCUGUUCUCUGUUGUCGUAAGAAGACCAUCAGUUUACCCAUUUUUACGAAAUAUGUUUGCUUUAUGCACACUAAGAAAAAAAAACAACAACUCGAUAUCUGGUAGCCUUACGUCUUGUAUUACUAGUUUUACGUUUUGUAAUGGAUAAUAGUUAGCAACAAAACAUGCACUUUGUGUUGAAGAAAACGUUCAUGUGAUUUUUUUCACUCUGACAUACUCUACUGAAUGGGAAAACGAUGUAUAGUUCGUUCACCAGGAGUUGGCACUUGGCUCCGCCUUCAUCACGUGGUAUCCGACGAUAAUACUUCGCUAUUUUUGGGAG